AUGAUUUUUUAUAAUAAUAAUGGAGGAGGGGCUGGAAUUAAUAAUAAUUCUAAUAGUAGACAUUUAAAUAAUCAACAACAACAGCAACAUUAUUUAAAUAAUCAAAGAAAUAUUGGGGGAAGAGUUGGGAAUAAUACUGGAGGGGGUCAAACACGUUUACCUGAUAGCCCUCCAAUUACUGAUAUUUCUGGUGGUGCAAGUUCUAUUUCUCCAGGAAGUUCUGGUGGCUGUUGUGACUCAGAAAGUCCUUUCUCUCCUGAUCAACGUUAUCUACCAAUAGCUCCACAUAUGAAUAAUGCAGCUAACAUUUUAUUACAACAACACCAACAAUAUCGUCAACACCUCCCCCAAAAUUUUAAUCGUCCUCAAACCCAAAGAAAACCUCCGGAAGAUAUUUUAAUUGUUGACCAACUACACAUGACAACAACAAACAUUACAGAUGUUUGUAGUGCAACUUCAGAAGUACAUCAUUUGUCCCCACAAUCUGAAUUUCUGACACAUUAUUCAGCAUCUUCUCAACAUACACCUGGUUCACAACAUUCUUCACAGAUUUCCCCACCAGCAAUUCCAAAUUCAUCUUCACGUAAUGGACAAAUAAUGAUUAAUAAUAAUAACAAUAAUAAUUAUUUAUUACAACAACAACAACAACAUUCUUUUUCCUCUUCAAUGGAUAAUUUAUGUAUUAUCGAAAAUCAAAAUUCAGCUUCAUCUUCUAAUCGUUAUGUACAAGAACAACAGCAACAACAGAACAAUCGUGGAGGUGGACAUAAAAGAAGGAGAAUUUCGACUAAUCAAAGUUCAAAUGAUUCGAUGUUGUUGAGUAAAAGCAAUAAUUUACCUAACAUAAAAUGUGAAUAUGGAACUGUUAAUAAUCAACAACAGGAGCAUCAACAACGCCAAAAUAUUUUUCACCACCAACAGCAACAACAACAAAGCUUUGAAGAUUUGGAAGAUAAUAAUUUUGGGGGAACACAGAGAACUAUUAAAUUUGAACCAUUUUUGAGAGAAUCUUGGGCUACUUUAUUUGAUAUUAACCAGCAACCACUUCCAAUUAUGCCAAGUUUGUAUAUUGAAAUUAAUUUUUUGAUUUUCCCUUUUCUAGUUGUUGUUGUAGCAGACAAAGGCUUUAAUUUUAGCCCUUCAGAUAACUGUUUUGUUAAUCAAAAGAAAAAUCAUUUUCAAAUAACGGUUAAUAUCGGGGUUAAUCCAAUGGCUAAUGCUAAUUCCCCCCAAAUGGGGAAUGGACAACAAACACUUCAACACCAAUUUGCACCUCAUUAUGUGCGGACGGAAUUACACGGCCGUGUUGUUUUGUUACCCAUUGUUGAUAAAGUAAUCAAAUAA